AUGUGGAGGCUUAGGAUCGGAGCUGAGGCAGGACAAGACCCUCAUUUUUUCAGCACCAACAACUACCUUGGAAGGCAGAUUUGGGAGUUUCAUGCUAAAGCAGGCUCUGUAGAGGAACUUUCCAAGGUUGAGGAGGCUCGACGGAAUUUCGCAAACAACCGAUCAAGUUUCAAAGCCAGUGCGGAUCUCCUUUGGCUGACAUCACUACUUUUUAUCAUUCUUCUCCAAAAAUGGAUCAAAUCUUAUUUACCUAGCUUGAAUCUCCGGCGAUCUUAUGGAGAUGGUAACAACGAGCUUCUCAAAAUCGAGCCUAUGUACCUUCAAUUCCCUUUUGAAUUGAAGAAGCAGAUGUCUUGCUCUCUUAACUUGACGAACAAGACAGACAAUAAUGGGGCCUUUAAGGUUAAGACGAAAAAUCCGAAAAAUUAUUGCGUUAGGUCUAAUUAUGGACUAAUUCUUCCAAAGUCAACUUGUAAAGUUCUUGUGACAAUGCAAGCCCAAAAGGAAGUUCUUAAUUCUGAUAUGCAGAGCAAUGAAAAGUUUAUGAUUCAAAGUGUAAUAGCUAGUCCUGCAGUCACAGCCAAAGAAGUUACUCGUGAGACGGUACUGAUCAUUCACAUUAUUGAUUUGAUGGAUAAUCACACUUUGGUUUUGGUUCCUUAA